AUGAGGUGGUGUUCUCUGUCCGCCACGAUCAUUCGAUCGCUGCUUCUUAUAGGUCGGCUGCUACAGGAAGAAACCACUGGAUCAAAUUCGGUGAUGGAUCGUCCUUUUGCUCCACCCCCGUCACCAUUGAAUAUUGUCAUCCAAAUCGUGGGAUCACGUGGAGAUGUUCAGCCAUUCGUCGCUUUGGGAUUAAAACUGAAGAAGUCCUUUGGACAUCGAGUCAGGAUUGCUACACAUGCAGUAUUCAAAGAUUUCGUUGAGGGACAUGAACUGGAGUUUUUCAGCAUUGAUGGCAAUCCAGAAGAACUCAUGGCAUUCAUGGUUCGGAAUCCCGGCCUUCUCCCAAGCUACCAAUCUUUACGCAGCGGUGAAGUGAAACAGCAGAGAAAAAAUAUGUAUGCAAUUUUGAAGGGAUGCUGGAGAGCAUGUAUCGAACCAGGUGAUGGGAUGGAUGAAAGCCACCAUCAAUCGCGCUUCAAUAUUCGAGACCAACAAGCGAAGCCAUUCAUUGCGGAUGCCAUCAUCGCGAAUCCUCCCAGCUUCGCUCACAUACAUUGUGCUGAGAGAUUGGGAAUUCCUCUACAUCUGAUGUUCACGAUGCCUUAUUCUCCAACUGAAGCAUUUCCACAUCCUCUUGCACAUAUAGAGAGCUCGGAUCUUGCAUUUGGAAUGACCAAUCGGCUUUCUUAUGCCUUGAUUGAACGGCUGACUUGGCAUGGGCUUGGUGACCUGAUCAAUAAGUUCCGGGAGGAAAAGCUCGGCCUUGCACCUCUUAAUUUAAUGUGGGCAACUGGGCUAAUCACAAGGCUGAAGAUUCCAUAUACGUAUUGCUGGUCUCCUAUGCUCUUGCCGAAGCCCAAGGACUGGGGUUCUCAUAUCUCGGUUUCAGGCUUCCUCUUUCUUCCUCCUGGGGAUUGCUACACACCACCGCCUGAUCUGGUAAAAUUCCUGGAAGCUGGAGAUCCUCCGGUUUACAUCGGGUUUGGAUCUAUUGUUGUGGAUAAUCCAGAUGCAAUGACAUCCAUGAUCUUCGAAGCAGUUAGACGAGCCGGCGUUCGAGCGGUGGUAUCGAAGGGUUGGGGAGGUCUUGGUAACACAAAUUUGGAGCUUCCGAAAAAUAUUUUUCUCCUUGGAAAUAUUCCACAUACAUGGCUUUUCGAGCGAGUGUCAGUUGUUGUGCAUCAUGGAGGCGCAGGAACAACUGCAGCAAGUCUUUCGUCAGGCAAGCCGACUGUCAUUGUUCCUUUCUUUGGAGAUCAACAUUUCUGGGGAGAGAUGGUUGCAAAUGCAGACGCGGGUUCACGUCCAAUUCAGUACCGAGAACAAACGGCUGACAAACUCGCACAACGAAUCAAAGAAGCGUUGCAUCCAGAAUCGAGAAUAAGGGCCAGGCAGACUGCUCUGAGGCUGCAGCAAGAGCAGGGCUGUGAGAAUGCAGCAAGAAGCUUUCACGACUCUCUCCCGGAGAAGCACUCAAGAUGCUCAAUUCUUUCAGAGAGGGUUGCUGCAUGGGAAAUAAACCGCACACAAGGUUCUGGGACUCAGCUGAGUCCCCUUGCUGCGGCUGUUCUGCUUCACAGGGGGUUGAUUAGCGUCAAAGAAAUUUCCAUACACCGACACCAAGAAUAUCAUAUCGAAGAUCGACCCGUUGAUCCCAUCACUGGAGGCGCGAUCGCUUUCUUAGGGUCCUUUGGCGAUGUUGCGUACGAGACUUUUAAUUUGCCUGUGCAGAUAUUUAGAGGAGUCUUCAAUGGAACGGCGAAAGUUAUCAAAAAGAUGGAUAACUCUGAUCGCUCUCAUCGAAUAGAGGUGGAGCAUCGAAGAGGGGAUGCUAUCUCUCAAAACCCUACCGUUGCGCCGUUUCAGACGCAUGGUAAGGGACGGCAUGACGAAUUUGGGGACUCUUGGGAGGACAUAUUAAACCAAUCUCUUGAAGUGGUCAUCACAACGGGCAAAGGAAUGGGCCGCCUCACCAAAGCCUAUCUCUCUUCUCCUCUUCAUUUCAGUCUUGGCCUUGCUCGGGGGUUUCAAAGUAUCCCACUCGCAUAUGGCGACACGAUGGUGAGGGAGCAGGAGAAAGUGAGGGGGGUUGCAAGCGGGGUCAGAGUCGGCGCCAAGGAACUGGCGUAUGGGUUCUACGACGGCAUAACUGGUCUAGUCACGCAGCCUAUUCGUGGCGCUCAAGAAAACGGUACCAUUGGAGCAAUCGCAGGUAUUGGGAAGGGAGUUGGAGGCUUGGUUCUCAAGCCUGGAGCAGGGUUGUUUGGACUUCCAGCCUAUUCCCUGCAAGGUAUUUCUGUGGGGUUGCACAAAUUGUUUGCAGCUGAUUAUGAUGGACAUAUUGAGCUUAGUCGGUUAGUUCAAGGGAGAGAAGAGAUGGCUUUCUACAGUGAGGAACAGCAGGAGGAAGUUGUAAGGGCUUGGGAAAUGAUCUGCUCUUCUGAUGGUGUGUCAGAUCAAGAUUAG